AUGUGGAGAGAUGCUCUCGCCUCUCUCCUCUGCGUUUGCCGACUGAUCGGCCGUUUACUCAUCGUAGCUGUGCAGGAAGUCCUGCAUGCUAGCAUGCACAACCAAGCUCAGUGGUGGUGUGAACCUGGAUUGCCGCCAGAUCAGGAAAUAAUCCUUCCGUCUUAUCCCGGCCGAUGCUCACCUGAGAAAGGGUUUUGGGGUUCCGGUCGAUGCGAUAAGCUCCGAUCCCAUAAUAGGGAUUUGAAACGGAAAAACAGAUGGUAUAUGGCGGAGUGUGAUAUAAACCACUCCGUAAUGAAGAAGAGCCGAAGUGACCCUCGUAAAACGAUGUGGAGAUUUAAAUUCCCUUUGUCGGACGAGCUGGACAACAUGAUCGGUGAGCAUGUCCCCUCGUGCCAAACUAGCCUUGCUCCUCCCAGGAAAUUUCCACUGCCGAAGCCGCUGGAGACUCCAACCUUCACGGUUAGAUCAUGUCAAUCACCACGGCCCCAGAGCUAA